GAGUAUCAGGUUUGUUUGCUAGGGGGUAAAUGGGCUCCAUAGAGAUCCAUUGGGAGAACCUGAAGAGUAUGGAAAGGAUCGAUCCGCGAUGCAAAGGGAAUGGAAGAUCGCGUGUUCAAGGGACGGGGACGGUAGGAUAGGCAGGAAGGAAAGCAGAGCAGCAGGUGGGAGGUGGAGCCGGCACCAAGAAGGGGAAAAGACUAAACGAGCUGUGAUGUCAAGUUGAGGGGAUCCAUUAGGUCACUUCUAGAAACUUGUUACCAUGAGUGUGGGAUUCAUCGGUGCUGGGCAGCUCGCCUUUUCCUUAGCGAGGGGCUUCACGGCAGCAGGGAUUUUGGCUGCCCACAAGAUAACAGCAAGCUCACCAGACACUGAUCUCCCAACAGUAACAGGCUUGAGGAAAAUGGGUGUAAAUUUCACCUUAAGCAACAAGGAGACGGUUAAAAACAGUGAUGUCCUGUUUCUGGCAGUAAAACCACCCAUAAUUCCCUUUAUCUUGGAUGAAAUUGGCUCAGACAUAGAAGAUCGACAUAUUGUAGUCUCAUGUGCUGCUGGUGUUACUAUCAACUCAAUUGAAAAGAAACUUUCUACCUUCUACCCCACCCCAAAAGUGAUCAGGUGCAUGACCAAUACACCAGUCAUUGUGCGGGAAGGGGCCACCGUUUAUGCCACAGGCUCGCAUGCAGAAGUGGAAGAUGGGAAGCUCUUAGAACAGCUGAUGGCAAGUGUGGGCUUCUGCACUGAAGUGGAAGAAGAUUUGAUAGAUGCUGUGACGGGACUCAGUGGCAGUGGACCUGCUUAUGCAUUCACAGCCCUGGAUGCCCUGGCAGAUGGAGGGGUGAAGAUGGGCCUUCCUCGUAGACUAGCUGUCCGAUUGGGAGCUCAAGCCUUGUUGGGAGCUGCCAAAAUGCUGUUGGAUUCUGAGCAGCAUCCUGGACAGCUUAAGGACAAUGUUUGCUCACCAGGAGGUGCUACCAUCUAUGCUCUCCACUUUCUAGAGAGUGGUGGUUUCCGCUCACUGCUCAUCAAUGCUGUGGAGGCAUCCUGCAUCAGGACACGGGAACUACAGUGCUUAGCUGACCAAGAGAAAGUUUCCCCAGCUGCCAUUAAGAAAACCUUAAUGGAUAAAGUGAAAUUAGAGUCUUCCUCUACCAACAAGGUCAGCCUAUUCAACAAGAAGAAUCCUGGCAACAAGAAGUACUAAAGAAACGCAGGCCUUCGCCUGGGCCUGUUUUCUUUUUCUUUGAACACAAAUUAUUUUAAAGUGGGAUGUAUAGGAGGAGAUGUAUUCUGGAUUCAAGAUGUUGAGAGAAAGGCAUUUAAAUUUCCAGAAGUAAUUAUUAAGGUAUAGUUGAUAGGGCAAUGUUUUGGGGGGCUGAAAGGAAAGUAGUUUUUUUCAGCCAUUUCUCUUAGGGAGGAAACUACAGCAGUCUUCAUUUGAACUUGACAGAUGAUUUGUUUAUGUU